AUGUAUUACCGCCUUCCGUCGAUAAUGGAGCCGUUUCUCCGGAGAGUCUCCGCGCGCUGGCCUGUCAUCAUUCAAGCUGCCACGUGGACGAUUCUACUCAUGUUUACUGUCGCCGUCGCUUCUUUCGCUCCGGAGCUGGCGUUUGUUUCGACGGUUUCGUCUUCCUGCGGCGGAGGAGAUGGCUUCGUGAAGAUUCCGAUGGAUUUUCCGGGAGAUAAUGUGUGUAUUCCGUCUCACAUGGUGAAGAGAUCCCGCUUCGAUUUGUUUGUGCCUUCCAUUUUCGCCGCGGUUAUGGUUACGGCCUCUGCUUGUUUGAUCCGAUCGUGUUUUGGGACGGAUGAUAAUAUGGACGAUGAAUUUUAA